AUGGGGAUAGCAUUUCUGUGAGCAGUUGCCUGCCUGGCCCUUGCCAGCACCGUCUCAGGCUGCGGGGUGCCCAUCGUCAGCCCCUCAGUGCACUACAGCGAGAGGAUCAUCAAUGGGCAGAACGCGGUGCCCGGCUCAUGGCCCUGGCAGGUGUCUCUGCAGUCCCGCUCAGGAUCCUACUUCUGUGGCAGCUCCUUGAUCAACAAGAACUGGGUUGUCACGGCUGCCCACUGCAAUUUCAACCCGUACUCCCACGUCGUCAAUCUUGGGCCAUACGACCACAGUUCCACCACACAGUCUGCUCAAGUGAAGACCAUGGCCAAGGCCAUCACGAACCCCAGCUGGAACCCUAAGACCCUCAACAAUGACAUCACCCUGCUGAAGCUCUCCUCGCCCAUCCAGCUGGGACCCCACAUGUCCCCUGUCAGCCUGGCCCCCGCCAACCUGGUUCUGCCCACCAACCUCCAGUGUGUCACCACUGGCUGGGGACGCAUCAACCCAAACUCCCAAGCCUUGGCAGUGCAGCUGCAGCAGGUAACCCUGCCCUUGAUCUCCCAGAGCCAGUGCGUGCAGUACUGGGGCAACUGGAUCACCAGCUCCAUGCUCUGUGCCGGUGGGGCUGGCGCCUCCUCCUGCCACGGUGACUGUGGCAGACCGCUGGUAUACCGGGAUGGGAACGUCUGGACCUCGAUCGGCACCGUCUCCUGGGGAACCAUCGACUGCAAUAUCCACACACCGGCUGUCUACACCCGUGUAAGCCAGUUCUGA